CAAGCAUCAUGAGUAAGCAAGGAGCAGGCUGUUCCUUAUCACGUGCAUAAAGGGAAGAAGGCUUUAAAAAAACGUCUCUUAAGCUGUGUUUCCUCACUGAUGGAGAAUUAUUUCCAGGCAGAAGCUUAUAACCUGGACAAGGUGUUAGAUGAAUUUGAACAAAACGAAGAUGACACAAUUUCUCCUACUUUAUUGGACACAAAGUGGAAUAAGAUUUUAGAGUCCUCUUCAAACCGACUAUCAUUUAAUCCUACGCUGGCCAAUGUGAAUGAAUCUGCAGUUUCUAGUGAAUCACAAUCACCACUGAAAGUCUUCUCUCUGGCGCAUUCAACAACAGUGACCAGGGAGGAAGAAGAUACAUGUGCUAAUGGACAGGACUGUAGUCUAAAUCCAGAAAUUGCCACAAUGUGGAUUGAUGAAAAUGCCAUUGCAGAAGAUCAGUUAAUGAAGAGAAACUGUACUCUGGAUGAUCAGUGCAGUGCUGUUGAAGUGGGAGAGAAGAAAUGUGGAAAUCUAACUUGUCUGCCAGAUGAUAAGAAUGUUCUUGUUGUAGCUGUCAUGCAUAACUGUGAUAAAAGGACAUUACAAAGUGAAUUUCAGGAUUGUAAUAAUUAUAAUAGUCAAUCCCUCAUGGAUUCUUUUAGUUGUUCCCUGGAUAAUGAAAAUAGACAAACUGAUCAAUUUAGUUUUAGUAUGAAUGGGUCCACUGAAAAAGAUAUGAACUCAGAGAAACUAAUGGAUCCAUUGAAUAGACCAAAAACAGAGGGGGAUUCUGUUAACCACUUGUAUGGUACUCCAUCUGAUAAUAUAGCCAGUGCCUGUUCCCCAGUGCAGUUAAAGGAUGAUGAAAAUAUAAGUAGAGACCCUUCCAUGUCUGUGAUUACAGGUUUAACAGUUGAUUCAGUGAUCUCAUCCCAGGGAACAGAUGGAGAUCCUGCUGCUAAAAAACAAGAGGACAAUCCUCCAGAUGAGGGUCUUACAGGCAAAACCAGCUCUCCUAGGACAGAUCCAGGGAGUCUAAACUCUCUUUCCCAUUUGAGUGAGGAGAUUUUGACAGAAAAAAAGCCAACAGAAGAGAGAACAGCUGAAGAACAACACUUGUCUGGCUUAUCUUCAUAUCUCAAACCAGACAUGAAAAAUGGGUCCCAAAGGGAUGAUAACUGCAAACAGUCUUCAGGUUGUGUUGUGCCUAGUGAAGUUAGGGCUGAUGAAAAUGAAGUUUAUGAGCAUGAAGAAAUUCUUGGCACCACAGAAUUUCCUAAAUUGACAGAGCAUUUCUCUGACCCUCAGGAGAUGACUAAUUGGAAAUUGACUAAGCUAAAUGAGAUGAGUGAUAGCCAAGUAAAUGAAGAAAAUCAAAAGUUUUUACAGCUUGACACUAAUGGUGAUAGUGAAGGGGAAUGUGCUGGAAUGGCAGAUGCAGGUCUUGAUAUCCAAGGAACUUGCACAAAUGAAAGUGAAGGAUGUGAUUUCUCCACAAUUGUAGAUACACCAGCAAAUUCCCUGUCUAAUGGUUGUGAUUCCUAUGGAAUGCAGAGCCCGGUUGUUUCUUUUGUUCCAAAGACUUUACCCUCCAAAGAAGAUUCCGUAACCGAAGAAAAGGAAAUAGAAGAGAGCAAGUCAGAAUGCUACUCAAAUAUUUAUGAUCAGAGAGGAAAUGAGGCCACAGAAGGGAGUGGACUACUUUUAAAUAGCACUGGGGACCUGAUGAAGAAAAAUUAUUUACAUAAUUUCCCUAGUCAAGUUUCUUCAGUACAUGGGCAGUCUUCCCCCAAGAUAGUAGCAAACCUGCAAACUAUCAGUGUUCCUUUUGGUGGUGCAAGACCUAAGCAACCUUCUAAUCUUAAACUUCAAAUUCCAAAGCCAUUAUCAGACCAUGUACAAAAUGACCUUCCUGUGAACAGUGGAAAUAACAUUAAAAACAAAAAUGAUAUUCUUGGGAAAGCAAAGUUAGGGGAGAACACAGCAACCAAUGUAGGCAGUACAUCUAUGGGAAAUAACUCUAUUGCUGAUACAAAUGGGGAACAUUUAGAAAGUUAUGAGGCUGAGAUCCCCAGUAGACCGUGCCUUGCAGUAGCCCCAGAUAGCCCAGAUAAUGAUCUCAGAGCUAGUCAGUUUGGAAUUUCUGCCAGAAAGCCAUUUACCACUCUAGGUGAGGUGGCUCCAGUAUGGGUACCAGAUUCCCAGGCUCCAAAUUGCAUGAAGUGUGAAGCACGGUUCACGUUCACCAAAAGGAGGCAUCAUUGUCGAGCAUGUGGGAAGGUUUUCUGUGCUUCCUGCUGUAGCCUGAAAUGUAAAUUGUUAUAUAUGGAUCGAAAGGAAGCUAGAGUAUGUGUAAUCUGCCACUCAGUGCUAAUGAAUGCUCAAGCCUGGGAGAACAUGAUGAGUGCCUCAAGCCAGAGCCCUAACCCUAACAAUCCUGCUGAAUACUGUUCUACUAUCCCUCCCUUGCAGCAAGCUCAGGCCUCAGGAGCACUGAGCUCUCCACCUCCCACUGUGAUGGUACCUGUGGGAGUUUUAAAGCACCCUGGAGCAGAAGUGGCUCAGCCUAGAGAGCAGAGGAGAGUUUGGUUUGCUGAUGGGAUCUUACCCAAUGGAGAAGUUGCUGAUGCAGCCAAAUUAACAAUGAAUGGAACUUCCUCUGCAGGAACUCUGGCUGUGUCACAUGACCCAGUCAAGCCAGUAACUACUAGUCCUCUACCAGCAGAGAAUCUAAUUAAUUAUGCUGUGGAAGAGAAACCAUCACAGAUAUCAGUAAUGCAGCAAUUGGAGGAUGGUGGUCCUGACCCACUUGUAUUUGUUUUAAAUGCAAAUUUGUUGUCAAUGGUUAAAAUUGUAAAUUAUGUGAACAGGAAGUGCUGGUGUUUCACAACCAAGGGAAUGCAUGCAGUGGGUCAAUCGGAGAUAGUCAUUCUGCUCCAGUGUCUACCUGAUGAAAAGUGUUUGCCAAAGGACAUCUUUAAUCACUUUGUGCAGCUUUAUCGAGAUGCCCUGGCAGGAAAUGUUGUGGGCAACUUAGGACAUUCUUUCUUCAGCCAGAGUUUCCUUGGCAGUAAAGAGCAUGGUGGAUUUUUGUAUGUGACAUCUACCUACCAGUCGCGUCAGGACCUAGUACUUCCAACCCCACCUUACUUGUUUGGGAUUCUUAUCCAGAAAUGGGAAACUCCUUGGGCUAAAGUGUUUCCCAUUCGACUAAUGUUGAGACUUGGAGCAGAAUAUCGACUUUAUCCUUGCCCACUGUUCAGUGUCAGAUUUCGGAAGCCAUUAUUUGGGGAGACGGGGCAUACCAUCAUGAAUCUUCUUGCAGACUUCAGAAAUUACCAGUAUACUUUGCCAGUAGUUCAAGGGUUGGUAGUUGACAUGGAAGUUCGGAAAACAAGCAUCAAAAUACCCAGCAACAGAUACAAUGAGAUUGGAAUGACUGGUGCCAGUUUCUUUGUGUUUAGUGGAGCUCUGAAAUCCUCUUCAGGAUACCUUGCCAAAUCUAGCAUUGUGGAAGAUGGAGUUAUGGUCCAGAUCACUGCAGAGAACAUGGAUUCCCUGAGGCAGGCGCUUCGGGAGAUGAAGGACUUCACUAUCACCUGUGGCAAGGCAGACGCCGAGGAUCCCCAGGAACAGAUCCGCAUUCAGUGGGUGGAUGACGACAGGAACGUUAACAAGGGUGUUGUAAGUCCUAUAGAUGGAAAGUCUAUGGAAUCUAUAACAAAUGUGAAGAUAUUCCAUGGAUCAGAGUAUAAAGCAAAUGGAAAAGUCAUCAGAUGGACAGAGGUGUUUUUCCUAGAAAAUGAGGACCAGCAUAAUUGCCUGAGUGAUCCUGCAGAUCAUAGCAGACUGACUGAGCAUGUGGCCAAGGCCUUUUGUCUUGCUCUCUGUCCCCACCUAAAGCUUCUGAAGGAAGAUGGAAUGACAAAACUGGGAUUACGUGUGACGCUAGACUCAGAUCAGGUUGGCUAUCAAGCAGGGAGCAAUGGCCAGCCCCUUCCUUCACAGUACAUGAAUGAUCUGGACAGCGCCUUGGUGCCGGUGAUCCAUGGAGGUGCCUGUCAGCUCAGUGAAGGCCCUGUCGUCAUGGAACUUAUCUUUUAUAUUCUGGAAAACAUCGCCUAGACAGGACUUCAUUUUUUUCUGUUCAGACCGGUUGCAACAGCAGUCAUACCCAAAUCAUUUGCACUUUAAAACUGGAAGAUUAAGCUUUUGUUAACACUAUUAAUGGGGGGGGGGCGUGGAAUAGAAUGGGAGUAGGGACCUAGUGUCAAGGGUGGGAUGGGGUGGUUGGGGGGAACAGAUGUUCCACAAUUUUAAACCUUCUAUGCAUCGUCCACCAAGAAGACCUGGAGAGCUUCUGUUACUGCACAACAGUUAUGCUAUCUUUGCAGCUAAUCCCCUCCUCUUAUGUCUUAGACAGAAUUCUGCUCCUCUCUUUUAAGAUUACUUAUGGUCAUGUGCUCAGAAAUGCUCAAAAUGGGUACAACCAUCACCAAGGCUGGGGUGGGAGGGCAGAGGGGAAAUAAACAAUGAAGCAUCAAUUUUGCACUGUUUGUACAGAAUUGGUAUAAGAAUUCUACACUGAUCUUUGUCCAAGUUAUAUAACACCUGUUUUAUCAAGUAGAAAUCACACUUUUUCUUUAUUUUUAGCUAGAUUAUUCACUGAAGUGAA